CGGAGGUGCCGAGGGUUGUGGGGGAACUGGGGGCGCGCGGGAACAUCGCCGCCGCCCGGCGCGGCCGGAGAAACUCUCGGCGUGGAGCAAUGCUGCCGUGGUGGGAACUGUCCUUUUACCUGUUAGCUUCCGUAGGCUUCCACGUCUAUUCUUUCUAUGAAGUCUACAAAGUCUCCAGAGAACAUGAAGAGGAACUGGACCGAGAAUUUGACCUGGAGACUAGCACUUUGUUCGGAGGAUUAAAGAAGGACCCAACCGACUUUGAGUGGAGCUUCUGGAUGGAGUGGGGGAAGGAGCGGCUGGUGUGGCUAUUCCUUGGCCACAUGAGCGUGUCUCAAGUCGCCAACCUGCUUUCGAGGAAGCACAAGCCCUGGAUCCUCGCCGUCUAUGGGAUGUGGGCCUGCCGAUGCGCGCUGGGCACCCAAGGCACCGCCAUGGUGCUCAUUCACACCACCAUCGCCUUCUGUGUUGCUCAGUUCCGCUCUCAGUCCCUAUCGUGGCUGUGUUCUCUCUCUCUGCUCUCUACACUGAGACUGCAAGAUGUGGAGGAAGUUAAGAGAGGGUGGUACAAGACGGAGACCGAAUACUACCUGCUGCAGUUCACGCUGACUGUGCGCUGUCUCUACUACACCAGCUUCAGCCUGGAGCUGUGCUGGGAGCCCCCACCGGCCCAGCGGCCCUUCUACUCCCUCCCCUGGAUGCUCGCCUACGUCUUCUACUACCCGGUCUUCCACAACGGGCCGGUCCUCAGCUUCCCGGAGUUCAUCACGCAGAUGCAGCAGCAGGAGCAGAGCCCGCCGAAGGCCAGCCUUCCCGUCCUUGUCUUGGGGCUGGGCCGUCUCCUCUUCUACUGGUGGCUGGCAGAGCUGAUGGUUCAUCUCAUGUACAUGCACGCCAUCUACAGCACUGCCUCCCUCCUGAGGGCCGUCUCGAGCUGGGCCUUAGGAGGACUGGCGCUGGCCCAGGUGCUCUUCUUCUACGUGAAGUACUUGGUGCUCUUCGGGGUCCCGGCUCUGCUCAUGCGCCUGGAUGGACUCACGCCGCCGCCCCUCCCUCGCUGCGUGAGCACCAUGUUCAGCUUCACGGGGAUGUGGAGGCAUUUUGAUGUUGGACUACAUGAUUUCUUGGUUAGGUACGUGUACAUCCCCGCGGGCGGGUCCCAGCGUGGCCUGCUGGGGGCCCUCUUCUCCACCGCGAUGACGUUCGCGUUUGUGAGCUUCUGGCACGGCGGCAACGACUACCUAUGGUGCUGGGCCACCCUCAACUGGCUGGGGGUCACCGUGGAGAACGGCGUCCGGAAGCUGGUGCAGAGGCCACACGUCCAGCACAGCUUGGCCCAGUUCCUCUCCCCAGGAGCUCGCCGGCGAUUGCACGCUGCUCUUGCCUCUUGUUCCACCUCUAUGUUGAUCCUGUCCAACCUGGUGUUUCUUGGGGGCAGUCAAGUCGGGGAAAUCUACUGGGAUAGGAUCUUCAUACAAGGCUGGCCGUGUGUGACCCUGUCUGUGCUGGGAUUCUUGUACUGCUACUCCCACGUGGGCAUCGCCUGGGCCCACACGUACUCUGGCAGCUAACUGCGCCAGGCCUAGGUCCGCCCUUGUCAUUGGUUUCCAGGGCACACGAUGCUCCACCGUCACCUCGAACCUCAAGGUAACCUCCAGGGGACCUGCUCAUCUUUUGUUGAAGUUACCUCACUCCAAGACUGGAAACUUGAGCUCUCGUAACUUUGGGAACUUAGAGAUCCUCUUCCCAUCCUCCUCCUUUGUCUAUAGAGUAAGCUGGACCCCAAGCAGUAAAACGUCUUGCCUAGCCGUAGAUGGUGAUGUUGUGGUCCAGACCCCAGGUUCUUUGUCCUUUACCAAGAAUUAAAUGCAACAGGUGUUUCUUGAUUGAGGCAUAUAAGUUCUGAUUAGUGAUAGGCCUGUCUUCCACUGGGCAGUGUUUCUGAAACAUGUUGGGUCAGUGGCAUUUAAGUGGCCCCUUCCCUGCUUCCUGUAGUGCAGUUUGUAGAACCAGCACUGAGGGGAGCAUCACAUUUUAGCUCCUUGGCAGGGGCGUGACAAAGCCACAGCUGUGUUGCUAACACCUGGGUCAAGGGAGAUAGAAUAUAGAUGUCAGUACCUAAGGAGGGCUGUUACUUGAGUUCAUCAUUCAUCAGGGUGAUCUCCAUUUGGUUGCUUGCUCCCUAGAUCUGCAGGGAAGUAUAAACAGAACAGUUCCUCUACCUGACAGUUAAUUAUUUCCUAGUAAAGAAGUAUAAUUUAAAAAAAAAAAAAACACAGGGGACAGUGUAUGACAGACAGGUGCUACGGGGCAAGUCAAAGAGGGUAAAGAGGACUUCUGUGGUCUCUCCUCUCUCCAUGCGGGUCCCAACAGUCCCCUUCCCAUGAGUGGUUCAGCCUCAGUGGUUUAUGCUGUUUGUUGCCAAUAAAAUGGAGCCCUUCCUAUCAUACCAAUACUUCA